CGUCAAUACGUCAGAGUUCACACAUGCAAGCUUGCCUACGCUUAGCUUGUGAACUCUGCGUUCCUGUCCCUCCCUCUUCCCCUCAGCCCACAACCUCCACCAGUAUAAACAAGCAUCGAUCUACCUCAGGGAAGUCACCAAACAGCUUUCACCUUACCAACAUACAACACCGUUGUACACGACUCCACCAACAACAAACAACCUCAGCCCCCCUGUGAGAACAGAGCUACGUUGCAAACAUGACACUCUACUACAGCCUCGUCUUCCUCCUCCUGGUAACGGAGAUGCUCAUUUUCUGCGCUCUCAUUGUCCCUCUGCCGUUCACAUGGCGCCGCAAGCUCUUCACCUUCAUCUCGGAGAGUCCUAUAGUCGCCAAACUGCAAUAUGGCAUGAAGAUAACCUUUAUCUUCAUCCUUAUCCUCUUCGUAGACAGCGUCAACCGCGUCUACCGCGUCCAGGUGGAGUUGUCCAGCUUCGGCGGCAACUCACAGCAGGGAGGACAAGCCAGCCUUGGUGGCAUCGAGCGCAUGGAGGUCCAGGCCCGCAAGUUCUACUCGCAGCGCAACAUGUACCUUUGCGGCUUCACCCUGUUCCUCUCCCUUAUCCUCAACCGUACUUACGUCAUGAUUCUCGAUGUUCUCCGCCUUGAGGAGGAGCUCAAGACCUACAAGGGCGAGACUGGCACCAAGAAAGGCUCUUCUCUCAAGGAUAUUGGCGGCGCUGGCGAGGUCGGCAAGCUCAAGAACGAGCUGGCUGCUAAGGACCGCGACAUGGAGAACCUGAAGAAGCAAGUUGAGCAGAUGCAGAAGGAGUACAACCGCAUGGGUGACCAGGUCUCUAGCAAGUAGACGUCAGGCUUGUCCACACCGUCUUUUGCUCUCGGCACACUUUGGAAGCAUAUGUCUGCGUGCAGACUAGGUAUUGGGAAUCCAAUUGGAUGGAGUAUCAGUACAACGUGUAAGAACUCACGAUUGAGAUUCUGUCGUUCGAUUCUGUUGGGCUCUAGCGAAACAACAUUAAAGCAUUGCGUUAGCGUUGAAAGCAGUAUCAUCGUUCU